AUGGCCAUGCAGAGCAUUCAGGUCCACCUCAGCAGAGCCGCAAGAUCUUGGAUGAAGAAGCUACCGGAAGGAUCCAUCGACAGCUGGGAAACUUUUGAGGACUUGUUCGUGAGGAAUUUUCAUUCCACGUGCAAGAAACCUGCGUCAAUAGAGCAGCUAAGGACUUGCAGGCAGAAGUCGGAUGAAUCAAUGAGGAUGUACAUCCAGAGGUGGAGCAUCAUAAAAAACUCGGUUGCGAACGUGUCAGAUGAAAGAGCAAUAGACACGUUUAUCGCAGGAAUUCGAAGAAGAGAUCUAAUCGAGGAAUUAGGAAGGUCCAACCCAAGAACAAUAGCUGACCUCAUGGAGACAGCGAAUCGUUGGGCUGACGGAGAAGAUGCUGUUCAUAACAAACGGCAGAGGUCACCCGAGGAAGAUCGUAAUAGGAAUAACAAUCAAAAUAGGUGA